AUGACUGUGGUUUCAAACAACCUUGAAGGUAGUAUUACCACAUGGGCACAGUUGAAAAAGAAGUUUUUGGAGAAAUUCUUCCCUGCAUCCCGGGCUGCGAGUUUGAGGAAAGAAAUCUGCAGCAUUAAACAGUUCCCCGGGGAAUCCUUGUAUGACUAUUGGGAAAGGUUUAACAAGUUGUGCACUAGAUGCCCGCAGCAUCAGAUUAGUGAACAACUGUUAAUCCAAUAUUUCUAUGAAGGACUCCAGUCAACUGAUAGGAGUAUCAUCGACGCUGCGAGUGGGGGAGCGCUGGCAAAUAAGACCCCGAGGGAAGCAUGGCUGCUCAUUGAAGCUAUGGCAGAAAAUUCUCAACAGUUUGGCUUUCGUGAGAGUAACCCUACCCGCAGGGUUAAUGAGGUGGAGUCGACAUCUAUUCAGCAGCAGUUGUCGGAGCUAAUAUCCGUUGUUCGACAAUUAGUGGUGGGAAAUAUGCCCCAAGUAAAGGCCUGUGGAAUUUGCACAAAUAUGGGCCACCAUACUGACUCAUGCCCUAUGUUGCAAGAAGAUGGGGCUGAACAAGUGAACAUGGCUGGAGGCGUGCCCGCGCAUCGUAGGCAGUACGAUCCAUACUCCAACACGUAUAAUUCGGGUUGGAGGGAUCACCCAAAUUUCAGCUAUGGUAAUAGGCCACAAAAUGCAUUCUCCAAUCGUCCACCAGGAUUUCAGCAACCUUGGCAACAGAAGUCCCAGCCCUCGUCCUCAAACUCAGGAAGUUCUUUGGAGGAGAUUGUCAAGAGUUUAGCCACUACUACCACUCAGAUCCAGCAAGAGACUAGACAGCUCCAGCAGGAGACCAGGUCAUUGACCGCAAAUAUGGAUCAACUCCAGCAAGAAACUAGAGUCUUAACCAUGAGCACCAAUCAAUUCCAGCAGGACACAAAAUCAGGCAUGAAGGAUAUGGAGGCUCGAAUAAGCCAAAUGGCAACUGCCAUCAAUCGCUUGGAGUCCCACGCUUAUGGAAAGCUACCCUCACAACCCGAAGUAAAUCUCAGGAAUGUAAGUGCCAUGACAUUAAGGAGUGGCAAGGAAGUGGAGGGGCCAAAGGUCACGAACUUGAAGAAAAAAAGUGAAGACGAGAUCGAGAAGGAGAUAGAGGAAGAAGGACGCAUUCGUGGAGGUCCUGAGGUAACUCUUACACCAUCGAUACCCGUCAAAUCUAAUUUACCACCUUUUCCAUGCAGGUUGGUAAAAACAAAGAAGGCAGAGAAGGAUAAGGAGAUCCUGGAUGUGUUCAGAAAAGUGGAGAUCAACAUCCCCUUAUUAGAGGCAAUUAAGCAGGGUCCGAAAUACGCAAAAUUUCUCAAGGACCUGUGCACCCACAAAAGGAAGUUGAGAGGGGAUGAAAGAGUAGUCGUAGGAGAGAAUGUAUCAUCCAUGCUCCAAAGGAAGCUUCCACCCAAGUGUGGAGAUCUAGGUAUGUUCACGAUCCCGUGCAAGAUAGGAAAUACACCAAUGUAA